UAGGUACCUAUCACAGCACCUUAGCUCAAAGGCGCAAGAAGCAACGCCCAAGCCCAACCUGCCCCUCUCAUCCGACUUCGACCCUACGCUACCAACCGGUCUUGUGUGCGACUGAAGGCUCCGAACAACACAGGCGAGCUUGGAAGCUUCCCCUCUUCCAUCCCCGCAACGACAUCCUUAAUUCCUCAACACCAGAGGGCUUCUCGCCAACACAUCAAUACCACACUACAUCGCCUUGGGAUCUCCGACUUCGAACGUGGACGCCAUUGCGACAACAUCACCACGUCACUCCUCCCACACACAUCGGAACCGAACUUCCCUGUUCCCCUCCAGACCGUCUACCCAAUACGCCAUCCUCACGGGAUCACCGAGACCUACCUACCCGAUCAUCAUCCCGCACUACAAACCGCACCGCACCGCUCCACCUUGCUAUUAUCGCUGUCGCUACCGCUCGGUCCCCCCGUUCAACUUCGUCCAUUAGGCGACGGUGUACGACGGCAUAGCUUGAGCUACGCGCCUUGCCUCCUUUUCCGACAAGUAUAUAUUUGUGGACAUGCUUCGAAUGGUUGACACGUUCCAAUAUGACCGAAUCGCAGCUGAAACUCGAAGACUGGUUGGACGACCUCUGCGUUCGCUUCAUCAUCAACCUCCCCCAAGAGGAUCUUAGAUCUGUCGAGCGCAUUUGCUUCCAAGUUGAAGAGGCACAAUGGUUUUACGAAGAUUUCAUCCGUCCUUUGGACGACCGCUUACCCCUAAUGUCCCUCCGCACCUUUUGCCUGCGCAUCUUCGCCCACUGUCCGCUCCUCUCGACCUUCACCGUCGGUGAACAUACGCAGGCCUUCGAACGAUUUCUUCAAUACAAAACCCGAAUCCCUGUCCGCGGCGCCAUCAUGCUGAAUGAGGCCAUGGACCACGCCGUUCUCGUCAAAGGCUGGAAGAAGAAUGCUAAUUGGAGCUUCCCCCGAGGCAAAAUCAACAAGGACGAGGACGAUUUGGACUGCGCUAUACGUGAAGUCUAUGAAGAGACCGGUUUCGAUAUCAGAGAAGCCGGUCUUGUUCCUAAACCGGAAGAUGUCAAGUUCAUCGAGAUUACUAUCAGAAAUCAACAGUUACGACUGUACGUGUUUCGCAACGUCCCUAUGGACACAGUCUUCCAACCCAAAACCAGGAAGGAGAUCAGCAAAGUGGAGUGGUAUAGGCUCUCUGAUCUCCCCGCAUUUCGGAAGAAAGGUAAUCAGCAGCAGGAUACCGCCGCCGCCGCCGCGAAUGCCAACAAGUUCUACAUGGUAGCUCCGUUUUUGGGACCGCUGAAGAAGUGGGUGUCCCAGCAGAAGAAGAAGGAUGCGCUCAGGGCUGGUCAGAAUCCUCAUCUCGCUGCGGCGGCACAGCUGGAGGAACCUCUGACCGAAGAUGACAUGGGCACCCAAACUGAAACGAUGGGAGAGGUACCAGCAACUUCAUCAAAGGACACUUUGGAGGGAGCUAACCGUGAGCUCCGACGGUUGCUGUCGGUUCAGAGUUCGACCGUCGGUUCGCAACCGCCAGUGGGCAUGCACGCCGCUGCCUCGAAUACGGAUAAGGGCGGGGCGUUGAUGGCACUCUUGAAGAAGAGGGAGGCCGAAGCGCCUCAACAGGCUCAAGCGACUCGCCAUCAUGUACCCCAUACGCCUCUGGAUCUGACUUACCAAAACCCUUCAGAGCCGGAAACUCCACAUCAUCACCACAUUGCUCAACGCUUGCCUGUUCCUAACUUCCAGCCUCCGCCUAAUUUUCCAGUUCCUCCACAGGCCAACCAGAACCCCAAUGCUGGGUAUCAUAACCAGCCGCAACCCCCUCUUCCAAGUUAUGGCUAUGGGCAAGAUCAGUACACGAAUGUACCACCUCCCCAAAGAAAAGAGCCUGUUCUCCUACACCCGCAGCCUCUGCCGCCGCAGGUUCAGCAGUCCAUGCUUACUAGAGGGAUCUUGGGAGUGGCAACACCUAACCUGCCAGACACCACGGGCCAGAGACAUCAGCAGCCUCUUCAAGCCAGUUUGAAGGCGUUCUUGACUCACAGUAGGCUGGAUCCUACGCAAGGGCAGAUGGCGUCGAACCCACAUCCCCCUCAGCUGACGAAUCAGGCAAUGUCUCUUUUGAACGUCUUCAAGGGCGACAGUGUGCGUUCUGGCCAUGAUCGGGGCCUUGGUGUCAAUACCCAGGAAAACGUCCACCCUCAAAUGGCAGACCAGCCUCGACAGCAACCUCCCAGUAGUUGGCAGCAUGGGCAACAGCCUAGCCCUGCCGGACAAUACUACGGGCAACAUGCGCCUCAGGUCACUCAACCACCUUUGGUCAAUUCCGUGCCGCAUCCUGGACUGGGAGGAGUUCCUGCGGGUGCUGCCCCUAGGCCGAUCCAGCCUGCGGACUCGCAUCGAAAUGCCUUGUUGGACAUUUUCAAGAAAACAGGACCGGCCUCGCCAUCCGGUAGCGAUAUGGCGCCCAAGUUACACACUGCAGGCCGGCCUGACUUGGCCACCAGGCCGGAUUCUGCCAGUCAAUACAAUGUCGAACCACUUACUCAGAGGCCAGGUUGCACGGCAGGUGCCAGCACAGAAGUCGUUCCUACUAACGCAGAGCACACCCUACCGUAUAGACCUCAGAUCCUGGCCCGGCCUAAGGCUCAAGAAGCUCAGGAGCUCACGCCUGCGCAACUGCGCAGUUACGCUGUUCCCGCAAGCACUGUUUUGCAAGAUCUUAAGAACCAAGUCUAUCCCAACUUGCCAUCUGCCAAGGACCGUCUGCUCAGGCAACAGGCCGAGGCCAGGGCCAACAAGUCGCCCGUAGCCAAUCUUGCCGCCACCGCGAGCCAGCCAUACAACCAGGAUCGGUCUCCUCAGACCGCCCACGUUGCGCCUUCGUUUCAGCAAUACCAGAACCAAGCUUCGCAAGUGCCCAAUGUGCUCCAGCAAUAUCAACAGCGCCACGGGGGUGAUAGUCCCAACCCCGAGCAGGUCAACAAGUUGCUCUCGCUUUUUGGCAAGCAUCAGCCAUCUCCUCCAGUGAGCUUCUCGCAGCCUUCGCCGGCGGGAUCAAUGGGGUCGAGGCAUGUCGAGGAGAAGUUGAAGAUGAAGGAGCCUGUUAUGUUGGCACAGGCGAGGUCUAGGGUGCCCUCGUUUGCCUCGACGAGCGGUGGGGAGCUCGCUGUUCCUCAAGGCCAUGAUCAGGGUAGCAGACCCACUUCGAGUGGCGGUAGCCAAACGCCUAUUUCGCCGACUGAUCGCAACUUUUUGCUGUCGUACUUGAAAAGCAUUCCGGGUCCUCGUUAGCGUUGAACACCGAGUAUCGGGAGGGGAGGGGGUGAUCUAUUUUCUAGCAGUAUUGUCUUGGGUUAGUGGACUGAUGUAGGGGUUAGUUAGUGAAGGGAAUCCUGCUAUGCAGUUGUCGCAGCGCCUCUAUGGAUACCUAAUUAUGUGGUGAAGGAGGUUGACUGUUACUGACUUGCUUAGUCAAUCACUGGUGGGAUGGGGAUGGUCGUCCAUUCACUUCUGGUUUAUUCCUCUGACUCGCCUGAAAAACAAGCAAGCGAUCAAGUGAUUCUCUCGUUAAUAUUGGUUGAACCAACGCUAGCGUUACUUUCAUUGUAAUCAUAGUGUGAUUGUGUAUCGUACCCGGACGACGAGUUAGACUCUUCGCAUUCACCUUAAGAGAUCAUCCACAUUCGUUCACUCCCCG